UGUUAUACUUUUUUAGACUUUAAUUUGCGAAGGUUUAUAAUUUGUUGCUUUUGCUUCCCAGAUCGUUUUCACUUUUCAUUACUGUUUCUUUUUUUAGACUGGGGUGUACGGACUUUCGUGCUUGCGUUUUACUUUGGUCAGAUGUUUUCAAAAGUUUGCAUAGCAUCGGUAGCAACUACUUGCAGUACUUUCAAACCGACUGAAUAGGUGUAGCCAGUGGUGGAUGCUGCUCAUUGAUAAGGAAGUUCCUCAAAUGAUCAAAUCGCAUAAUGAACGGGGAACUUGGUACUGGUAUGUCCUGCUAUUGGAGGUAUCGCUGAACAUCUGCGGGGAAUAUUCCCCCACAAGCACAAUCGCAUCAGAUAGGCCGAAAGUUUUCGUUGCCCUAGUCGUGCGAAACGCGGAGCAUGUGCUGCCAUACGUUUUGGGUGGUUUGGAACGACAGAACUAUCCACAGAACAGGAUGACCAUCUGGAUCAGAACGGACUGCAACAUGGACCAAACCAGCGAGCUUCUUAAAAAAUGGCAGCAAGGAACGAAUGGUGUAUACGCGGCUGUCGAUUUGGAAGUUCUGCCUUGUUCGCUCCCACACGAGAAAUACCCAUUUGCGAUGGAUGAUACACGAGCGCGACAUGUUGAAAUGCUGCGAGACACAGCCAUGGCUACCUCGCGCCAGCUGGCUUAUGACUUCGUUAUGUUUCUGGAUUCCUCAUCGUUUCUUGUCGAUCCUUCCUCAAUUACGGAUUUGGUGGAUUCAGGCCGCGACAUCAUCGGGCCAUUUUUGCCUUCGCUCAACAAACAUGGAAACUUUUGGUGCAACACUUCCACCGAAGGUCGUUAUAUCAGAUCUGAAGAUUGUACUGAGAUUUUUGAAUUUCAAAAACUCGGCAUUUUUGACGUUGGCUUGGUACAUGGGGUUUUAAUGAUUAAUUUGAAAAAUCCUGAUCUCCUGGAUCUGCGGUUUGGCUCAGAAAAGAGCGACAUGAGACAGUACCAGCAAUUUCUUCUCAAUAUGAUCCGUCGAAAUGUUACGGCGAAUAUUAUUAAUAAAAGGCAAUACGGAUACAGUAUGAUACCGUUAGUUAACGGUAGCACUUUUCUGGACCAGACUGAUGGUUUCCGGAAUCUCCAGCUGGAAGUUUUGGUGUAUCGCGAAGCCAUUCCGCAAACAAAAUACAUCACCGUUGAAGAGGAGGAUCCCGAUACACUGGGUUUUGACCACAUUUAUUUCAUAAAUUUGGAUCGGAGACCGGACAGGAAAAAGCGCAUGCAGAAUAGCUUUCAAGCCCUGAACAUGGAAGUGGAACGUAUUAGUGCAGUUGAUGGAGAGAAAUUGAAUCAUGACUUGCUCGACACCAUGGGAAUUUCAAUGCUGCCCAGCUAUGAGGAUCCGCACAAAAAACGCCCCUUGACAAUGGGUGAAUAUGGAUGUUUUCUCAGUCAUUACGCAGUGUGGCGCAAUGUAGUGGAGAAAGGGUAUCGGCAAGUGUUAGUACUGGAGGAUGACAUCCGUUUUGAUUACAACGUUCGCCAUCGCAUGACCCAAGUCUGGGAGGAUAUAGACCGGCUGAAUCUCGAAUGGGAUCUCAUCUAUCUGGGACGGAAGCGAUUGAUGGAUGAUGAGGAGCCCUAUGUGAAAGGCAGUCAGCAUUUGGUGCACGUCAGCUAUUCAUAUUGGACAUUAUGCUACAUGUUGAGCAGUACCGGAGCGCAGAAGUUGUUGGCUGGUAAUCCGUUGACCAAAAUGGUACCUGUGGACGAAUAUUUGCCCAUUAUGUUUGAUCGCCAUCCUAAUGAGGAGUGGAAGGGCUCUUUCGAGAAUAGGGAUUUGCGUGCGUUUUCUGCAUAUCCACUGCUGGUGUAUCCGACCCAUUAUACUGGAGAAUUUGGAUAUAUCAGCGAUACGGAGAACAUUGCGGAAUGGGGUGAUGGAUUAGAUGAUGGAGCAGAGGAGCGUGAGCCGAUCAGCGAUAGCGAAGCUAAUGGCAGGGAUUUGGCCUUGUCAACGCAUGAUGAACUUUGAAAGGCGUGGUUGUGUUACUCGUGUGCCAUUGUUAGAUACAUUUGAUAGAUUUUCGUGCCAAAAUCUGGUGCCUUGACAAAUAGUUCCUAGUUUUUACUGUACUUGUGAGAUCUAGUCUGCUAUUUUUUGGGAUUCUCAGUGACAUUCAUAGUAUUCUUAUUUCUUUUCUAGCGUUGUUUUCUGAUGGUGCAGAACUCUGAUUCGGUGUUUUUAAUUUUUAUUAAUUUUUUUUACGAGUAUUAGAACAACUGACAUCAACUUUGAGAUCUAGUGAAAUAUUUUUAUUAGACUUUCUUAAAACUCUGUACAUUGUAUUGAUGUCCUGAAAUUAGACUCCUGGUCGUCAGGACGUGAUGUGUGAUUUUUUAUAACAAAUGUUUGAACAACAACGUCACCACAAAGCUGCAUGUGCACA